CCUCCAUUCUGCCACUGUCCACUGUCCUGUCGCUGUGUCUCACGGCGCGCGCGCCCUGUCCCAUCCACCAUCCAUCCCAACGUGUUUUCAAGCCUGUGUUCGACGAGAUCCAGAUAGAUCUGCCACUGUCCACGGUUGUCCUGUGCGGCUUGUUGCUUUGAUCUGGGUGUCCCGGGCGACCAUUGAAUUCCCAGCAGUCGAGCAUCCCGCUUCCAGAAUCCCCCUCGACCCUCGACCCUCGGUCUCGCCCAGCGACCGAAAUACCAUCCAUCCGACCUGUGUGCUUCAUUAAUCAACCCGUCCUUCGAUCAAUUGAUCAACCGCGACACGUCACAUCCGUGUCCCAAUCUGAUUCUCGACGCUAUUCCUGGCUCUUGGGGAAAAGGUACGUUGUGUCUUCCAUGGUCUUUGGCUCGCUUUUUAGUUGUGUCGUUGUUUCCUGUUCCAUCCACAAGGCGAGGAUCAUCCUUUUCGACCAUCCCGCAUUGAGCACAGUAUGUCCAUGACAAGCUCCUCCACGAACACGAACGAAGGGCCCUCACAAUCCUGUGUUGGUACUUUUGACAAUCGAGGCAUGUUGAUCAUGGUCGUCAUGGCCAUCGUCAUUCCCGUUGUCGGCCAACAUGAGAGCGUGUGCCCGCUGGUUCACGGGUGGCUGGCGAUUUUUUCUGUCGAGGACCAAAGCCCUGAGCAAAGGGAAAACGGGAAAUCUACUUGCCCACCCACACUCCCCCAGCCAGACUCGACUUGCCACAGAGAGAGAAGGAAAAAGUGGAGUUCCAGCGUCUGCGUGUGAGAGUGAGCGAGAGGGACGAGGGUUGGUUGUGUGUGCCCAGUCACGCCCCCUAGGUUCCGUCUUGCUCGUCGCCAAGGCCCGUCCAUCAGCCCCCCACUUUUGGGUCACGGGCGGGCUGCAUGCACGCUCGCUCAUUGGUCCACCAGCCUUUCCCCUCUGGCACUGCAACCCACCGCUUGCUCAGAGUCUCAGACCACCUUUUUGCCCAUGGCCGGUGCCCGCACAUUCACUCAAGUUGCACAGCCCACCACCUGCCCACCUGCCCGACUGUCCCCCAAGCCACCCAUUUUGCCGUCUCUGAUUCUGCCGAAAGACUCCGCCCCUCUUUUCCCCUUCCACCCCCCCUCCCCUUUGUCUUUGUUUCCUUCUUCAGAACCUCCCGAAGCUCCCUCCUCCUGCACACCAAACCGUUUUCUAUCCAGAUCUCAGUCCAUACAGAAAGUGGUUACUUCUCUGUAUUCCAAACCCACUUCUUAUCCCAUUGCAGUCUGAUUGUUGCACAUCCGCCCUCUGCCCACAAAGCUUGACCCCCUUCUUCGCCUUUCCAAGUUACCUGCCGUUUGCCCCGGAUUUCCCUGCGGCGGUACCUGAGCUUACCGCACCCGUGUCCCUGCGCUUUGCCGAGUACGUCCUCUGCUAUACCAACCUCGCUGUCCAAUCCGUGCCAUCUCUUCACCAAUCGUCACUGUUGCUCAGAGUCUCGUCUUUGCUUCACUUGGUCCAAGUCACUGACACUCGGUACCGUUUUCAGUCGCGUCGCCAAUCACUGCUGCUGCCUGAGAUCCAGUCGACCACACCACUUCUUAAAAGGGUAGACAUUGUCAUACUCGAUCCAUUCCAUACGAUCCCAUUAUGGCGGACAUCACCGACCCUUCUGCCAGCCUCGAGCACCCCUCCCCCGGCGACGACCUUGCCGGCAAUGGCGUCGACUCCCGAGGCACCAAGCGACCAAGAGCCUCCAUGGCGGGCGAGGAUGAUGAUGACGAUGACGAGAAGGGAGGACGAGAACGCAGAAAGAUUGAGAUCAAGUUCAUCCAAGAUAAAUCCCGUCGCCACAUCACAUUCUCCAAGAGAAAGGCUGGUAUCAUGAAGAAGGCAUAUGAACUGUCUGUCCUCACUGGCACUCAAGUCCUCUUGUUGGUCGUCUCAGAAACUGGUCUUGUGUACACCUUCACCACCCCGAAACUGCAACCUCUGGUCACCAAAGCAGAGGGCAAGAAUCUCAUUCAGGCAUGCUUGAAUGCUCCAGAACCGUCUGGCAACGAGAAUGGUGUCGACACCGCUGAUGAUGUCGCCUCGCCUGACGAUGUCCCCUCCAUGCCUCCUGCCGCUGCCGGCGUGCCUCGACCCGCCCCUCAUACUGGGUAUGGCAUGACUCCGGAACAACAGCAGCAAGCCUUGUACUACCAGCAACUGCAACAACAGAAUCAGAGCGGCCAGUAUGGCGGCAUGCCCCAAAUGCCUCAACAUCAACGUGCAUAAUAAGCAUCACGCACCCUCCCCCACAUAUUGAUACCCCCCAACCUACGACUCGGUCGGCUCUCGUGCGGUCCUUGACCUUUCUGACACAUGGGCCUCGCUCGUUGUCAAUGGCGGUCUGAUAUCGGCUGAGAGGCGGCUCCCAAAUGGCUCUCCACUGAUCGACUGGCGUCUUGAAAUAUUUGCUCAAAUCAACAUCACCACCGGAGUUUUCCCAAGAUGAUGUGCUUCCAAGGGUGAUUUCUCUUAAAAAGGUCCAGUAUUCUCACAUGCAUUUUGUACGAGACAAUAUUUUGAAGAAUGGAUGCGGGACAUGGUGGGCAAAGACUGGGAAUCAGAGGGAAUACACUCCUAGUAUGCACAGUCAUGAAUCGUGUGUCAUGCGUUUCAGGCAGAGAAAAAAUGUCAAACCAGAUUCAAUCCGUGGUCAAAGUCUUGUGCUUGCUGAUUCCCAGGUUCAUGUUCCAGGUAGCUCCAUUCCAUCUUCUGAAUCCAUGAAGGCAAAAGUGGCCGAUGAUGAUCAAUCCAAAUUGUUUUUGCAUUUGUAUCCUAUUCCUGUUUACAACUUGCUGGGGACCCAUCUCGGGGCCCGCUUCUCUACAAAUGCUCGGACACCCUCGCGAAUGUUCUCUCCCUCAUUCAGCCUCUUGGAAUAGACCUCGACAAUGUUCUGAGUUGCAUGUUCCGCACUGCCAUCUUCCCAACCCUGAAUCACGCCUGCGCGGCUGAUGAUGACACUGUCGGGGCUGUUGUUGCCAAUCUCCGCGGCAUACUCCAGAGCCUUCUUGACGACGGGCCUGUCCAGGAU